CCCACCAACCAAGACGCUCGCUGACUUACAGAAAGCUUGAAUCUUUUUCACCUUUCAAUUCUACAAUGGCCCAGAACCAGAGGCGCACAAGCGUCAUCGACUUUCUAGGGGAAGAAAUUGUGAGAAUCAUCGCACCAGUAUCAAUCUGUAUGUUUUUGGUCGUCCUCUUGGUCUCAGUCCUCGAUACCAGUUCCAACUCUUUUUCAGCAUUAAUCUCCAGCGUAGCCACCAUUGCAUACAAUGAGACCAGCUCAGACUCUUUCUGGGACAAAUUAGUGGGUGCCCUUUUGAACUCCCUUGCAUUUGUAGCCGUUGUCACUGUUGCAACUUUUGUUUUGGUACUUCUCUUCUAUCUUAGAUGCACCAGAUUCUUAAAACUAUACAUGGGGUUCUCUUCCUUUGUUGUUUUGGGAUUCUUGGGCGGUGAAAUUGCACUCCUCUUUAUUGAAGAUUUUAGUAUCCCUGUUGAUUGCAUGACCUUUUUUCUGGCUUUGUUUAAUUUUGCUGUCGCUGGUGCAUUGGCUGUAUUUAUGUCCAAAAUGGCAAUAGUUGUGACUCAAGGAUACUUGAUUCUUAUUGGGAUGCUAGUUGCUUACUGGUUCACCAUGUUACCUGAAUGGACCACCUGGGUGCUUCUCGUUGCCCUGGCACUAUAUGAUCUUGCUGCUGUUCUAUUACCGUUUGGGCCACUAAGGCUUUUGGUGGAACUUGCAGUCUCAAGAGAUGAAGAAAUUCCUGCACUGGUUUAUGAGGCCAGGCCAGUGAACUAUGAUAAUGAGGAUUCAAGGGGUUAUUUAACUCAGAGUCAGAGGAGGGUGCGGAGAGAUAGGGGGCUUGAGAACUCCAAUCCAAGUGUAAAUUCUGUGCUGGAUGAAACCCAAAACAAUGAAUCAAACUUCAAUAUUGAUACAGGGAACGCUAUUAACCGAGAUUUGAUCAGCAAUGCUUCAGAUGCCAUCCAUGAAGACGCAAAUUUGGUAGGGGAAGAUGCUGUUUCAAAUUCAAAUCCUUCUUCUAGCAUCUAUAAUGGCAGAAAUCUGGUGGAAGCUGAAGAGGGACGGGUUUUAGAAACUGAGUCAGGGCUCUCUACACCCCUGAUUGAUCAUGAAAUGAAUACGCAGCUCCACAGACAUGAAGAUUCAGUGGCAAGUCAAAGUUUGAUGCCAGAGGGAAUUGGAUUAGGGUCAUCUGGAGCAAUCAAGCUAGGUUUAGGAGAUUUCAUUUUCUACAGUGUGUUGGUUGGCAGGGCAGCGAUGUAUGAUUAUAUGGCAGUGUAUUCAUGUUAUCUUGCUAUCAUCGCUGGGCUGGGCAUCACUUUAAUGCUAUUAGCAUUGUAUCAGAAAGCCUUGCCUGCUCUUCCAGUGUCAAUAAUGCUGGGAUUAUCCUUUUAUUUCUUGACCAGGCAGUCAAGUUAUCUGAGCUUUAUCUUAUUUUUAUCAGUAAUAUUAGCUACUUUGAGCUUCUGCGGUAUGCAUCUUUGCCCUCCCGAUCAUUGAUGCUAGAUUCUUUUU